AUGGCGGCGUACGGCUCCUUGGAGGAGCUAUGCGAUGAAGCAAUCCGCGAAGUUGACUUAGUCUUCGAGCUGAUGGAAGUAGACAAGAAGCUGACGAUAAGCGAGCAGGGUUCAAACCAGCCUACCUCUCUGCAGCCACCCAUCGCCUUCGAGCUCUGCGACAUGUCCGUUGUUGGGGUUGAGAUGGGGACGAUCGAGCGUGUAAGAGUGCUUGCCGUAGGGCUGCUCGGGAGAUUCUUGCGGCUGCUGCGCAUCAUCAAUGAAAGAUCGUUUGAAGUGCAUUGGAGAAAGUUGGCCGAGGUGACGGUCAGGCUAGUCUACAACUGCUCGACUUCAGAGACUGGAAGGCUCGCUACGUUGAAGGAGAACAGGAGUGUAGAGGAAGUUUGUAGAACGCUGGCAGAGAGGAGCAAGUAUGCAACACCUGAAGUCGCCGAGUGUUGUGUAGGAAUUCUUUGCAAUCUUGCAAUGUGUCAUCCUGAACAGCGUGGAGAGAGAAUCAUCAAUGCGAGUGGUCACAAAGAAAUCGUUCGCGUCAUCGACGAUGCGAAAGUGUCAGGACAUGUUGUCCUGCAAGCGAUUAUUGCUGUACAAAAUCUGAGCUUCCAGAACGAGUAUGCACAAAGACAGCUGACAGUGAGCGGCGCCAUUGGAGCGCUGAUAACUCGUCUGAAGAUCACGUUCAAGGAGGGAUUGUCGUCUCUUUGUGAUGAAAGUUGUACAAGAACAUCAGAGUUUGUUGUGACAGCAAUGAGAAAUCUUCUUGUCAACAAUGUAGAUGGAAAACGAAUUUUCUUCACAAGUGGUGGGCUGCGAAUAUUUCUGCAGCUCAUUACAGGCGAGAGCAGACAGGGCUCAUGCAACUCUGCACUGACCUUGCAUGUAAUAGGAACAUGGUUUCUUUGCAACGUCAAGACGUUCAAACUUCCCUAUGCCAAGCAUGAGCUCGAAUCCAGCGACGUCGAGCAAUCUCUGCUGUCAGACCCGCACAACUACAGUGUACCGACUCUACUCCAGAGCCUGCUACUUGAAGCCGACCUGGUACAGCAAGUGUUUCUAGUCAUUCAGCACUACCUGCGCAGCUUCGCAGACCGCGACCCUCUUCUCCUCUCCUCUGCGUGUGCUUGCUUUCGAAACCUGCUCUCGGGUUCCAUUCCCGCAAGGAAGGCUUUUGCGGAGCAUCCUGACAGAGUAAAAGUCUUGAUCACAGAUCAAGCGAUCGGUAUCUUUCUGCAACUCAUCUCCACGAGAGCGAACAUGGAGAGAACAAGGAUUGAAAGACUUUUGUCAUUUACUGUCACCCUCGGUCUCAUCGAAGAGCUAUGUCAGUUUUUGACGUUUGACGAGGUCAAUGUGGACAAGAAGUUACUGUUUGCUACGUUACACUGCUUUGCAAGCUCUGCACAUCAUCACAGAUUGUUGCGUUCGUUACAUUACGUCGUUGGAUUUAAGGCAAUGGGAAGCGUGAAGGAAAAGAUCAGAUUGUUGGACCAGAGCUCUGCUACCGAAGAUCAUGCGGCAAAAAUUUUGGAGAUGAUAGAGCGUGAGAUAGAGAAUUGUCGAGCAGAUGUACAGAGCAGCAUACGACCUGAAGAGAUUUCUUACAACUUCAAGGUUGGAGACAUUCGCUGA